CUCCUCUGCGAGCUUCAGAAAAUGAACUCCUCUCUGUGUGACUCUGCAGUGACCAUGUACCACCUGGCGACAGACCACCAAGUUAACGCCAGCUGCAACUGCACUUCUUCCAACUGGACGGCGGAAGAUGAGGCCCCGCAGUUGCCCACAUUUACCACAGCAGCCAAAGUCAGAGUGAUCAUCACCUUCAUUCUCUGCAGCAUAUCUGCCUUCUGCAACCUGGCCGUGCUGUUGGCGGCACACAGCGAUGGGAAAAGAAAAUCCCACGUCAGGGUGCUGAUCAUCAACCUGACGGUGGCUGAUUUGCUGGUGACCUUCAUCGUGAUGCCUGUGGACGCUGUGUGGAACAUCACAGUCCAGUGGCUGGCUGGGGACUUUGCCUGCAGGCUGCUGAUGUUUCUAAAACUGCAGGCGAUGUACUCCUGCGCCUUUGUCACUGUGGUGAUCAGUCUGGACAGGCAAUCGGCCAUCCUCAACCCUCUGGCAAUCAAUAAGGCCAGAAAGAGGAACAGAGUCAUGCUCACCGUGGCGUGGGGCAUGAGCGUGGUGCUCUCAGUCCCUCAGAUGUUCCUUUUUCACAAUGUGACCAUUAUCCAUCCCGAGGACUUCACUCAGUGCACCACAAGAGGAAGUUUCGUCACACGCUGGCAUGAAACAGCCUACAACAUGUUCACGUUUUCCUGCCUGUUCCUGCUCCCGCUCGUCAUCAUGAUCACCUGCUACACCAGGAUCUUCUGUGAGAUCUCCAAACGACUGAAAAAGGACAAUUUGCCCUCCAAUGAAUUGCAUUUGCGGUGUUCAAAGAAUAACAUCCCCAGAGCCCGGAUGAGAACUCUGAAAAUGAGUAUUGUGAUUGUCUUGUCUUUCAUUAUCUGCUGGACUCCGUACUACCUGCUGGGCCUGUGGUAUUGGUUCUUUCCCGAUGACCUGGAGGGGAAGGUCUCUCACUCUCUGACUCACAUCCUGUUCAUCUUUGGGCUCAUCAAUGCCUGCCUGGACCCAGUCAUUUACGGCCUGUUCACCAUUCACUUCCGAAAGGGGCUCCGGCGAUACUACUGCAAAGCUGCCACAGCGACGGACCUGGAUAAUGACACAGUUAUAACCGGAUCCUUUGCUUGUGCUGCCAAUUCUUUGUCACUAAAAAGAGGAGUGAGCCCUGCUACCCCAGAAAGGCUCACGCUGUGCAGCGACAACAACAGCAAAACAGAGUCGACAUCAGAGAGGAGCAGCUUUCUAACUGCCGACACUGACGCAGAAAGAGUUCAGUCCAACCCUGAGAGCAUUUUAUGAGAGGAGUAGAGGGGAAGAGGGCCUUCGAAGGUUUAUACCACUGUUGUAUAACUAUUAUUUAUUUAUUCAGAUGUAUUCGGUGUCUGACUGUCUGAUGUGUGGGGACCCGUCUCAUUGAAUGCUACAUGUCAUUUCAGCUUACUUAAAGUGCUCAUGUACAAAACAAAAGGGGCAGAAAUUGCUGUAGGCUGGAAAAUUCACAACUUUAUAUUAUAGGAGGGAAAGCUCACAUAAUGAAUACAUUCAUCAUCUUAUGCUGACAUAAUGUGAGCUACUGACACUGAGGAAUGUUUAUGUGUGCUGUAAAUUGUAAU